AUGCCGGGUUCAGUGGCAAGUGAUGAAUUCGAGGGCGAUGAGCUCUUCAUCGUGGACAUUGACACUAUCCAAUCUCACGGAAUUGGCGCAGCCGACAUCACCAAACUGAAAGCCAAUGGCUUCCACACUGUUGCUUCCGUCCACGGCGCCACGCGCAAGACACUCCUCAAGAUCAAAGGGUUCAGCGAGGUCAAGGUCGAGAAAGUCAAGGAAGCUAUUCAGAAAUGUCUGCCUUCUGCAUCUGGGUUCAUCACUGCCAUGGAGUUGCACCACCAACGCAAGAGAGUCGUCCGCAUCUCGACAGGCAGUAAGCAAUUCGACUCUAUCCUCGGUGGCGGCUUCCAAAGCAUGAGCAUAAGCGAAGUCUUCGGCGAAUUCCGCUGCGGCAAAACCCAACUCUCACACACAAUGUCCGUAAUCGCCCAACUGCCCGUCGAGCUCGGAGGCGCAAAUGGAAAAGUCGCCUACAUCGACACAGAGGGUACAUUCCGCCCCGAGCGCAUCGCCCAGAUUGCAGAGCGGUACGGCGUCGAUCCAGAAGCUACGCAGGAGAAUAUUGCCUACGCUCGCGCGUUGAAUAGCGAGCAUCAGCUUGAGUUGUUGAAUACGCUUAGUCGGGAGUUUUCUGGUGGUGCUUUUCGGUUGCUUGUUAUUGAUAGCAUUAUGAAUUGCUUUCGGGUUGAUUAUUGUGGGCGUGGCGAGUUGGCAGAUCGGCAGCAGAAGUUGAAUCAGUUUUUGAUGAAGCUGGCGCAUAUGGCUGAAGAGUUCAAUGUUUGUGUCUUAAUGACAAAUCAAGUCCAGAGUGACCCCGGUGCCAGCUCUCUCUUUGCCGGUGCUGAUGGCCGCAAGCCUGUUGGUGGACAUGUUCUUGCUCAUGCUUCUACCACUCGCGUGCUUCUUCGGAAGGGUCGUGGUGAGGAGCGAGUUGCCAAGAUUCAGGAUUCCCCUGACUGCCCUGAGCGCGAAGCCAUCUACAUCAUUACCAAUGGCGGUAUCAAUGAUCCUGACAAGAUUUGA